AGCUUACUCAGUUGCUUUCGUUCUUCAAAAUACAGAGAUAGAAGUUCUUCUUUUUGUUUGGUUUAGUAAGUUAGUAAAGCAAUACAAUGAAGAGAGUGUGUCUGGUUGCUCUCUUGGUUGCUAUUGUUGCGCUAGUUGAUGCAAAGCCAAAGUGGAAGAAAGUAUUGCAACAGAAGAGACAGAGGGUGACUGUCCAAGAGCACAAGAAGUAUUGUGGUGAGAUUGAAUGUCCGAAAUAUUCCGCAUGCAAACUGAAGAGAACUUCUAGAAAUACUCUCAAAGCUAUCUGCGUCAAGUGCAGGCCUUGCCGUCAAGGUGCCAAGGAAAAAACAGUGUGCGGAACUGACGGCAAUGAGUAUGCAAAUCGUUGUGACUUACAUUAUCAAGCAUGCAUGAAUAACAGACUGGGAUUACUUAGGAUUAAAUGCAAGGGACCAUGCGCUGAGUGUGCGGAAAACCAAGUCAAAGAUCACAUGAUUCAACAUAACAGACUACCUAAAGAGAGGUUAGCAAAUCAGGAACACGAUGAAGACGACGACGAGGAAGAAGAAGUAGAAAGUCGACCAAAUGAAAAGCAAGACAGUGUUGAACAGAACGCAGCGCGUGGUGAAAAGUACAAAAAGUGGAAACAAUGGAAAAAAUACAAACAAGAAUUUCAACGACACAGCAUCCAGCUUAUGCAAAAACAUGGCCUGAUAGUCAAUGAUAACAGCAACUGUACUAAACAAGAGAAUGAUACCUUAGGAGGACGUUUGCUUGACUGGUUCCACGUCCUCAGGUCAGAGUUCAUUAAACAAACCCUAAAAAAAUCUGGCAAACCUGUCGAGUUACCGUUCAUGCCUGAAAUGGACUUGAGACAAGCUCAUGAACCCUACCCAUGUGGUCGUCACCACUCAGAAUGUCGCGAACCCAUCAAUUUCAUGUUUCACUACCUUGACCGCGAUGACGAUCACGUGCUUGGGGCUGAGGAACUAGAAGAACUUAGACAGAUUCCUUAUGAGAACUGCCUUGAUCAGUUCCUGAGAGGCUGCGACAAAACAAAUGAUAACCAGUUAUCUAUUGAAGAAUUUUGCCGAUGUUUUCCAAUCGAACCUCCAUGUCUUGCUAAGAUGAAGAGUGUCCCUACCAUCCUUCAAAGAGGACAACCAAUAGCUCUUCCUGGACAUUUUCUACCUCGAUGUGACGUAGAUGGUUUUUAUAUGUCCAUGCAAUGUCACUUGAAAGCAACAGCCGAGUUCUGUUGGUGUGUGGACCGUAAUGGAGGCAAGAUUGAAGGUACCUACAAGAAAGGGAAGGUCAAGUGUGAGGAUAACACGAUCAACCCACGCGAUGAGGAAGAGCUAUAGAUUGUCUUAAAGGGACCACCAUUUGAAGAGUGAAGGGGAGAGGGAAAGGGGCUUUCAGACUUGUAUACUCCUUGUAUAUUGCACGUUUACUCCCCCCUUUAUUAUUUUGUUCGUAUAAUUUUUUUGUUUUUAAUUUCAAAGCCUGUCUAGUUUGGCCCUCUACCUCUUCAUUUUUCUAAUAGUGGAUCCCUUACUUCUAGUCCCAUUUACGACUAUUUGAUAUUCCUAUAAAGUUCAUUURGUGGUGGUUUUAAGGCAAUGUCCAGUUCUAUUUUAAUCCUAGUUCUAAKUGAUGUACCUAUGAUAGCCUGCUUUAGUGUAUCAUUUAUCUAUUGUUGGCUGGUUGCAAUUAAGUGUUAAGGACGAGUCAAGUGCAAUAAAAGUGUCGGUAUCGUC